AUCAAAAGUAGUUUAAUUAGAAAAUCUGAUAUCUAGUGUUCAAUAUACAGUAUAAGGUCAUUGCCAACUUUUCGAGCAAAACGACGCCAGUGUGGUCGGCGUCAAGUGAUUUCUAUGCACGGCGGGCAUUAUUGCAGAUCAUUAAUAUUGCCACAUAAAUUUGAAGACUCUUUCUCGUUCUUGCAAAACCAAAACGCAAUAUCUUACUAAUCUAAUCUUGAUUAUUUAGCCCUACAUUCAGUAUGAAUAAUUAUAGUAAUCGAUCAUGUUCAACCAAACAUGGGUGGGUCACUAUGCAUGUAGCUAGAUUAUGGUAAAAACCGCGGCUUGCAACGAAGUUUAGUACUUAUUGUCAGCUACAUAUAGAAAAGUAUAACAAAGUAUAUUAUUAUUCUUUAAAACUAUGUUUUACUUGAAUUUUUGCAGAAAACAAAAAACAUGAAUACCUUAUUGUUUCUUGCAAUUUUUGCUUGCUUUGGUUAUCAAGCACAAGGUAAAGGAUACAGGAUAUCAUUAUUUUUUUAAUGUUCUGGCUUGACAUGGAGCCUCGUCCAAUUAGGCAAUAUUCAAAUGUCCAUCUCAUAUCUUGCACUUAUGGCUAAAAAUCCAAUAUUGUUUAAGUACAUCAAGCAAUUAAACAAUUAUGAAGUAAAUACUAAUUAAGAAUCUACAACAAAACAAGAAAUAUUAAUAUAACUAUAUACCGGGAGGUAGGUAAUCUUCGAGUUAAGCCUUUUUCGAGUUAAGCCCCGACCACGCCCAAACCGCACCCAUUUUUGUCAAGGGCUUAACUCGUAGAAAAAAACACAACUUGGUAUGUUCGAGUCAAGCCCCGUGAAAAAAGAGGGGCUUAACUCGAAGUCAUUGAAAAUAUUCGACGCUAGAUUUAAGCCCUGGCAUUUGAGGCAUGUAAAAGAGAAAUGAUUUUAGUCGUAAUAAGCUCAGAGGUAUAAAAGCUAUUCCAAAAUAAAUAAUCUGUUACUUUAAUGAAAAUUGACUGUUUAUACGAGUUUUUCGUGACUCAUUUAGGCUGCAGCUUAUUUAAUCCGAGACGUAUGAUAACUAUUUCCAGCUAGAUUGUUGACGACUCAAAUCAUUUCUCUUUUACAAUCCUCAAAUGUCGGGGCUUAACUCGACUUCGAAUUAAGCCCCUCUUUUUUCACGGGGCUUAACUCGAACUUGUCAAUUUGUGCUUCUUUCUUCGAGUUAAGCCCUUGACAAAAAUGGGUGUGGUUUGGGCGUGGCUGGGGCUUAGCUCGAAAAGGGCUGGACUCGAAGGGCUUAACUGGAAGUUUACCUAACGACAAAUGUAUGACACCCGUCAUGAACACGAUUAUUUUUGUAACUUUUAAAAAGUUAAAAAGUCUGCCUCAAUAAAGUUAAUUUUCCUUCGUCCUGCUUAAUUUCACACGAGCCACUUAAUUUCAACGUGAAAGAAAUAAUAAACGUACCUUAUUUGACCUGUUGUUUCUAAACGAAUUUUGAAGAAAAAUAGAAUAAACGAUUUUAAUAUUCCACGUGGUUUUUCGUAUUACCGCUUUUUCUAGUUACCACUUCAUGUGUUCUUUUAUUCUGUGCAAAUGACAGAAAAUAUAAUACCUACUUUGCAGCCAAAUUAAUUUAAUGCUAUGAAAUCAUAUUUUCUCUUUAGCCUACAUUUGUCCAUGCAAUUGGAACUAUUUCGAUGGUCGUUGUUAUUAUAUUAGUCGGGGAAGUGCCAAUAAUUGGCUUGCUGCACGAGCUGAUUGUCGCGCACGUGGUGGAGACUUAGCCGUGCCAACAAGUAAGAUAAAUAAUCAGCACAUUUAUCAGGCUAUGAAAUCGAGCAACGUCGGCACAGUAUAUAUUGGUUUCUAUAGGGUGGCCGAAGGUCUAGGAACUAAGAAGUUUUACACCGUACGUGGCGUCGAGGCAUCCUAUACAAAUUGGUUGGCAGGGGAGCCAAAUAAUUCUGGAGGAGUGGAAGAUUGCGUCGAGCUGGUGUACAAAUCACCUUUUUUGAAAAAUGGCGGUGAUGUUGGUGGACGAUGGAAUGAUCUGCCAUGUAACGGCUACCCUCGUCAUUACGUCUGUCAAACGAGCUUCCAAAGAUACGAGAACUAGUUAUACGCCAUUUCAAACUUUUUCAUGGAACUAGAACUAAAUGUAUUCUGACGGUACUAUGUAUGCACUGAACUCUAUAAUUAUGUUAACCUAUCUGAUUUAUAGUAUACAUGUAUUAGCAGCAAAUCAACUUGUAGGCAAUAGUACCAAGUAAUCCAUUGCAUGUAAUGCUUUUAAUAAUAAUAAUAAUAAUAAUAAUAUACAUAGAAAUAUUACUCGAUUGUGAUUGGUUGGUUUCAGUGCAUUUAAUCCCAAACAGCAG